AAUUACGUCAGCGAGUCAGUCGAUUUUUAAACGCGGAAGUGGAUGGUGUGUCGUGAUGUGCGUGAAAAUAGUUAGAUUUACGAUUACAAAAAUAAUGUGAGCGUGUUGUAUCGUAGGAGUUUAAGUGCUAUUGUGAUUUUUUAUGUAAAUAGGGAUAUGUGAGUGUUAUGUGUUAAUUCAUAGUUAUUUGUUUACAAUGGAUGGCAAAGUGAAGUACUACGAAGGUUGUGGACAGGAAGGGCCGAUUCGUUGUAUAUUUUUGUGUGAAUUCCAUCCGACUGCUGGCCCGAAGAUAACAUGCCAAGUGCCAGAAAAUUAUAUAUCCAAAGAUAUCUUUGAUACAGUCAGUCAUUAUAUCAUACCGAAAGUACAACUUCAGCGAUGCACACUGACAGUCACUCUCCUGGGCUCCAAGAUCCUGGGCUUCCCGGUUCGCAUCGACAACAAGAAGUACGCCCGCAACGCGUACUACUUCAACCUGUGCUUCGUGUGCGACGCCUGGGCGAGGACUGUGCAUCUGGAGCCGCUUGUUAAGAAGCUCACUGAGUACUUGCUAUCAAUGGAGCUGGAGACGGAGUGGCUGUCGAAGCAGUCGCUGUCGGGCGAAGCGAAGGCGCUGGGCGGCGUCAUGCGGCAAGUCAUGCAGGACAUCAACAGUCGCAGGAUGUGCACACUCACCGUGGGUACCACGACGACGCACCUAACUGUGGUCCGGGUGAACAGUGACCCCACUCCCGUCAAGGACCACCAGGUGCCGGUGUUCCUGUACAGCAGACAGUCCUUCGUGGCUGAUCAGUGGGACCUCACCACUAAUCAGAUCCUACCGUACAUCGAUGGCUUCAACCACGUGUCGAAGAUCGCAGCUCUCACAGAUGUCGAGAUCAGCCUGGUGCGCGCCUGCAUACAGAACCUGGUGUACUACGGGGUGGUGACACUGGUGCCCAUCUUCCAGUACUGCGCUGUGUAUAGCGCGACUCCUAAGCUGAGACAGCUGACGCGUUGCGCCGGGCUGCAGCGGCAGUGUGUCGAGUUCUGUGCUAGAUCUCCUCGGCAGCAUCCGAAGGUCAGCGAUAUAUUCCGCAUGUACGCGGGCAUGUCGUACGGCAGCACGAUCCGUGAUCUCUGCCGGCGCAUGAAGCCGCAGGACCUGGCCAUCAACGAGAGGAAGCUGGUGCUCUUCGGGAUACUAGAGGGACUUAUCAGAAGAGUUUAUAAAUUCCCGAUAACCCUCCACAACGACGAUACCGCAUCUAUCCUGAGCGACCACAGCCAGCCGCUGGUGCGGACAUACAACGGGCUGGUGUGUCUCGACGAGCUGUGUUGCCAGAGCGGACUCACCGCGUUACAGAUCGAGGAACAGCUGGAACGAGACAGCAACGUCGUGUUCAUCGUCAAAUGAGGGUACAUCACUAUCUCAUACAACUGUCAAACAUGUGUGUGACGUCAGUCAUGACCAAAAACUAAGAUAAAAGCUAGAACAAUGUGUGUUCAUUUUCAAUUGAGGGUACUAUGGAAGUUUUCUGAUGCUUAACCUUUUUUAUUGAUUUUCUACCCACAAAACUGUAAAUUAAGACGUAUUGGGGUUAAAAUCGUGGAUAGACAAAACUUCAUGUAUUUUUAAGGAUGGCUUCAAUGUAUAUUGACGUUUAUCUAGGACUUAACUCACAUACAGAGCUUAGAGCUAAAUAGUUGUCUACCAGCUGUGCAAAGAAAUCAGUGGUUCAUAUAUUAUGUGAUUACUAAAUAAUCACGGGAUGUAAAAGUAAGAUUUUAAAAUAUUUUAGAGGAUCGCAGCUUGAGAUCUGAGUGACGAGCAAAGAAAAUUAAUUUCUUGAUAAAAAAAGAACCGUAUAGUUGGUCUUUAUGAGGAAGAUGUUAUUCUGUUGUAUCAAAUAAUGCAAUGCUUAAAAGCAAGUAGUGUUGGUCUUUAAUGUAUUUUUAUUUGGUAUAUUUUUAAAGUGACAACAAGUUAAGUCAUUUUUUUAAUUUAUGAAUCAUUUUUUAUAAUUAACUUUUUAUUAAAUUUCAAUACUAAUGCCAACAAAACUCGCACAUUACUACGAAAUCGAAUUAAUUAAGGUUUCAAGGUAUAAGAGAGCUUAAUAACUACGUAUUGGGCAGUAUCCCAUGAUUCAAUGCAAGUUAGUGUUCAAGAUUUAAAGACAAACGCGAAAAAUCAAAUCAAAGAAGUCCUUUAUAAUGAAAAACUAGUAUUUUUCAUUCAAUAUGGUAGUGUCAGAUUAUUGUUAUAUUAAUUGUACAUAAUUCUAAACAACGAAGUUGUUUAUUAAAUAAUAUGUUGUAUGUAUCAUGUUGUAUAGUUUAUAUAUGUUAAGAAAAGUCUGGAGUUUUAACAAAACUGUUUUUCAUGCAGUCAACAAUUGUUUUGGUAAAGGUUUUUGACAAUUUCAGUGGUGACGUAGUUCUGUUAGUAAACUGUAAUGUAUUAGUGUUAUUUACCGCUCUACAAUAUUUUGAAAUAAGAACCCAUUCCGUACUGUUUAAUAUGACCUUAGUCAUAAAUUUCAGAAAAAAAAUGAUUAGCUUUUGUAAAUUUCGACUUAAAAUAGUCCACAAUAUCAACCAUAAUAGUCACCUGUGGUUUUAUACAAUUUCUUAAAGUAAUUAGAAUAUGACUGAGGGCCUAGAGCUAUCUCAAGCAGGACCGUGGCCAUUGUGUAAUACAGACACCGUUGUCUUUCACAACGGCAAUAGAUUGUGGUAGGUAAGCAGUUUCUCGGACUAUAAGACUCUUCAUGUCUUGCAAUAUUGACUACCCUGCCGUUCUUUAGACAGCUAGACUUUCUAUUUUUAGACUUAACUAUAACCUGUAUACUGUAUGUUUUAUAGCCAGAUAUUAUACAAAUAAAGUAAAGCGCACACUAGUCAAAUGUGCGCGCAACCUUAGUUACUUUUACAAGUUUUAAACUGCUCAAUCAUAUUAGUUUUAAAAUAUUUUUAUAAAGGUUUUUAAAUCUAUUUUACAAUGUACAUUUUAUCAGGUCAAUCCGUAAAGGUGCUAAUUUUAUUAAUAUAAUCAUCGUAAGAGCAACUGAAUUAAAAGUUAAAGCCAAAGAAAAUUGUUUUGCAUUUUGCGAAAUAGCAACAUUCUUGUAAGGUCAUUGUGUUGUCAGCGUUACACGUAGAUAUUAGUUGUUUCGGUAAUUUUUUAAGUUUUAUUUUUAAUAUAAAUGUCCAAUGCAAUGAAAUCUAUGUGCCGUAUUGAACAAGACUUGUGUAUUUUAUUAUAUUUCAUAUAUGGUUAAAAACAUGUAACAUGAAGUUAGAAUAUUUUUAUUACUUUUGGGUACCUAGUACCUAGGCAACUAGGGUCUCGUUUUUUUGCGUAAGCUUUUAUUUUCAUUCGGCUAAAUCAUUCAUAGUAAUUUUAAACUUAGAAAUUGAAAAAAUGACCUCAGUUACUAUUUUACCAUCUAUUAAACUUGAAAAUAUAAUAAAAACGUUUGCCUAGAUUUCUUUGACGUAAGUACAUACCAAUUUAUACCCAAUACAUGUAAGUUCUAUUAAAAUUACCAUUUAAAUAUAAAUAUUUAAAUAUAUUUUAUUCUAAGUAUUUAAGAGAUCAUCUUGUACAAUUUAAAUUUUAAGACCCACCGAUUGUGUUUCAUAUCUUAACGCUACGACAUCUAAGUACUGAGCACAUUAAAAAUGUUUUCUAAAAUGUCAAAAAGUCUAUUGAUUAGUGGUGUCUAGUCUGUUUCGAUAAAGUAAUCUGUAUAUUUGUUGUGUGUAUGUUAAAUGUAUCUUUUGCCGGCUAAAGUCAGCAUUACUGGUUAUUUAUAAUACCCAAAUAUUUUCUCGUCAGCUUUUUUUUUGUUAAUUACGGCGUGUUCAGGACUUAAUUGGACCAAAUUACAUUAUAUGACAAUAGGUUAGGAGGUUCACAUUGGAAACAAGAGCCUAACCUAAGUGUCAAAUACUUUCCAUAAUUUUCGCGGCAUUAAUAUAAAUGGUUGUUAUUGGCCGUUUGCGUGACGUCACCGCGAACCAACAAUCAGAGUUACAAACCUAGACAUUCUAUCUCUUUCUCUCAGUCGAAGAUUACCGAUGUAUCUUAAAAAUGUUUCCGAACACGCCAAAGCUAGUCAGGAUUCUUUUGUGCCUUAUUUCUUGUAUAUUUGAAGUAAACUUGUAAUCAAUGCAUAAUAUUAGUUUAAGUUUUUAAUCGUUAUUUCGAAGAGAUUAUCGCGAGCUGACACCGUUAUAAUUGUAAAAUCUGUUGUUAUAUUGUCAAACUUUUGAUGUCAGAGAUGAUGCAGAUUUCUUACUACGACACCUCUUAAAUUGGUUGUAAACCGUUGUGGAAGGGAGAUAGCACUACAAGGCGUAGAGUGUCGUCCUUCUCUCACAUCUGUCUCUAUCUUCACUCUGUAGUGAUCUGUCUUCAUGUGUGUUUGACGAUAUAACAACUAAAUCAUGUUGAUUUUAUACUUCCAUUAUUGAUGAUUAUAAUUAUUAGUUUUGUAUACAUGUGUAAGUACAUUAUGUUAAUUAUAUGUUAUACGUUAUCUACAUGUAAUGUGACUCAUUAAAAUUGAUUAUUUUUAUAGAAA